AUGCUUCCAGCCACAAGAGUCACAAGGCUUCGGCCACUGGUUCGACACACCCGCAUGAUUCAAAGCAGCUCGCGACAUUCAUCAAGCGCUGAAGCUGCCCCGGCUGCCCGUCCAGCACAUUAUGACACUUCUCAGAAGCUUUCAGCUAUCGACGCGGUGAAAGAGAGACGGCUCAAGGCGGGAAGAUUGGUAGCUGGAGUCGCUGCUGCUUCGGAUAGUGAUAUGUUUAAAGGACCUGCAACUGGUCUACCCGAAUCUAAACGAUGGGACAACCAUUUAAGCCACGAGAGUAGAGUGCGAGAACCAUGCACUCUCAAACAAGCAGCUCGCCACAUGAAGAAACCUGGCCUUAUCUCACUCGGCGGCGGUUUACCCUCAAGUGAGGUAUUCCCCAUCGCCGAGCUCAACUUCAGAGUCCCAGUGGCACCCAAAUUUUCAGAAAAAGACACAGAAGAAUCUGGCCAGACCGUUUCGAUUGGGAAAUACGACGUGCGAGACCGCGGAGGUACCUACGACCUGUCCAUCGCGUGCAACUAUGGCCAGGCUACGGGAUCUCCUCAGAUGAUGAGGUACCUGACGGAGCACACUGAGAUUGUAUAUAAGCCCCCGUACGCGGACUGGAAAGUUUGCCAGACUAUCGGAAGCACUGGAGCGCUGGAGCAGGCGCUGCGGAUGUUUUGCGAUAAAGAUCGAGGCGACUCUGUUCUCACUGAAGACUUUAGUUUCUCGACUGCCCUUGAAACGAUCGGCCCUCUUGGUGUCAAGGCAUUCGGCGUUGCAAUCGACGAAGAGGGGCUUAUUCCGGAGGCUAUGGAUGAGCUUCUGUCAACCUGGGAUGCCAAAGAGCGAGGUUCUCGAAAGCCUCACCUGCUAUACACUGUUCCAUCGGGACAGAAUCCCACGGGGGCAACGCAGGGAACUGAGCGUCGAAAGGCCAUCUACGCCGUGGCCCAGAAGCACGAUCUGUACAUCAUCGAAGACGAGCCAUACUAUUUCCUCCAGAUGCAACCUUACACAGGGCGCAAUCAGCCCGACGUUGCACCACCAAAGACGGUCGAAGACUUUGUCUCGUCACUCAUUCCUUCGCUGCUGAGCAUUGACGUUGACGGACGAGUGAUGCGUAUGGACUCGUUCUCAAAGGUCCUCGUCCCUGGCUCUCGCCUUGGAUGGAUCACAGCAUCGGCGCAGAUCGUUGAGCGGUAUAUUCGACACGCUGAAGUUGCCAGCCAAGGCCCCAGUGGUUUAUCCCAGGUCAUUCUGUAUAAACUCCUCGACGAGACGUGGGGCCACGAGGGCUACUUACGAUGGCUGAUGAAUCUGCGGUUGGAGUAUACCAAGAAGCGAGAUGCUUUGUUAGCUGCCUGUGAGGACCAUCUGCCUAGCGAUCUCGCCAGCUGGAGUCCUCCUGUAGCUGGCAUGUUUAUGUGGAUUAAUAUCGACUAUACAAAGCAUCCCCAAGCAGCAGAGCGAAGUAUCUUGGAUAUCGAAGAGGAGAUUUUCAACUCGUGUAUCGAGAACGGCGUCCUCAUCGCCCGAGGAUCGUGGUUCUUGACCGAGAAGGAAAAGGCACCGCCUGGACUGUUCUUUAGGGCGACUUAUGCGUCUGCCACGCCUGAGAAUAUGAACAAGGCUAUUGAGAGGUUUGGAAAAGCGGUGAGGGAUAGUUUUGGGCGGAAAUAA